AUGGUUGACACCGGUUCUUGUUGUAGCAUUUGGCCUCUUCGUCUCACUGGAGACAAGCCUAAGCGUUCUUCCAUUGUUUUGCACGCUAUUGACUCGUCUCCCAUAGCUACUUUUGGUCAGGUUUCUUUACGCCUCGAUAUUCAUCUUCGUCGAGACUUUCAAUGGGUUUUUGUUGUUGCUGAUUUCUUGAAUAAUUUUAAUCUAUUGUUAGAUGUCAAGCGUUGGAGGCUUCUCGAGGGUACUACGUCGCUCUCCCCGCCGACUAGAGGUUCUACCAAUGCGGUUCUUAGCUCGACAUUUUUUGUUGCCACCUCUGGAAAUGGUUUUCAUUCUCUUUUGACUCCUUUUCCGGAGCUAGUGGACAUUACCUUUCAGCCGGCAAAGCCUGCCCACUCGAUCCUCCAUUUUAUCACCACUACUGGGCCGCCUGUUUUUUCGCGCUCACGGCGUCUUGUGCCUGACCGUCUCAAAACGGCUAGGGCCGAGUUUGAGCACAUGCUUCAGCUUGGCCUGAUACGCCCCUCCACCAUCCCAUGGGCGUCUCCCCUUCAGUUGGCGCGAAAAGGGGAGUCUGAUUUUCGCCCGGUAGGAGAUUAUAGACGCUUCAACGCAGACCGCUACCCAAUAUGGAAUCUUAUCUUCAGGACUUUUAAGCGAAUCUUUUAUGGCUGUAUCAAUUUUUCAAAAGUUGACCUCAUUCGUGCUUAUCACCAGAUACCGGUCAACCCAGCCGAUGUUCCGAAGACUGCUAUUACCACUCCUUUUGGGUGUCUUGAGUUUCUCUAUAUGAGUUUUGGUUUGCGGAACGCUACCAGCACGUUCGAGCGGUUUAUUGAUGAAGUUGUCCGCGGUCUUGAUUUGUGUUUGCUUAUGUUGAUGAAAUACUCAUUGCGAGCGACACCCGUGAAAAUCACCGGCACUUGUCUCAGUUCUUUCAGCGUCUUCGCGCCUAUAGUGUACGCAUUAAUCCCGACAAGUGUGUUUUCGGACAAUCUUCUCUAG